CCGGGCACGAGAAGGGCUGGGCCGAGGUGCCGCGGGGCUGCUGGAGGGUCGUGGGCGGCACGUAGGAGACAUGUCUGGGGGUAGCAGCUGCAGCCAGACUCCCAGCCGGGCCAUCCCCACUCGCCGGGUAGCCCUCGGUGACGGCGUGCAGCUCCCGCCCGGGGACUACAGCACCACCCCGGGCGGCACGCUCUUCAGCACCACCCCGGGAGGAACCAGAAUCAUCUAUGACCGGAAAUUCCUGAUGGAGUGUCGGAACUCACCUGUGGCCAAAACACCCCCAAAGGACCUGCCAGCCAUUCCUGGGGUCACUAGCCCGACCAGCGAUGAGCCUCCUAUGCAAACCAGCCAGAGCCAUCUGCACAGCAGCCCAGAAGACAAGCGGGCAGGCGGUGAAGAGUCACAGUUUGAGAUGGACAUUUAAGGGACCAGCCAUAGGACGGAGUGAUGCUUCUGGGCCUCUGAGGCCUUUGGGAGGAGAGCCACAGCAGUCAGGCCUUGCACCGGGCAGAUGUCGGGUGUAGGCUGCCCAGUGCUGCUCCUCACUCGGCACCUGCUCCGUCUACCAUUUUGUGAAUACCAGCACAUACCUCCUUGUGCCUCUGUUGACAUUGAGCUGCUACUCCAGGGGAAUGACUCUCGCCCACACCUUGCAUCGAGUGAGUGCCAGGAAGUGGACACAGAGGAGCCCAUCAGAAUGGUCAUCCGGCAAUUUUAGCCCAACCUCUGGAGCACACCUACCCUUUUCUUAGGUUGGGUUACCUGGGAAAGCUACCCUUCACUUCUUUCUCUGAGAGGAAAUAAAAGCCACCUUUCCCCUAGGCCCAA